AGUGGGGCUGAGAACAGCAGCUUAAGAGCUGGUUUCUAGUCUGGGCUGCUCAGAGCAGGUGGAGGUGGGGCAGGCUGCUCAGGGACGCUCUCUACCUGGCAGAUGUGACUCCUGCCCUGGGCCGCGCUCCCAGCCAUGGCUGACACCAUCUUCAGCAGCGGAAAUGAUCAGUGGGUUUGCCCCAACGAUCGGCAGCUUGCUCUGCGAGCCAAGCUGCAGACGGGCUGGUCUGUGCACACAUACCAGACGGAGAGGCAGAGGAGGAGCCAGUGCCUGAGCCCUGGGGAGCUGGAGGUCAUCCUACAAGUCAUUGAGAGAGCUGAGCAGCUGGACAUCCUGGAGCAGCAGAGGAUCGGGCGACUGGUGGAGCGGCUGGAGACGAUGCAGCGCAACGUGCUGGGCAACGGCCUCUCCCAGUGUCUGCUCUGUGGAGAGGUGCUGGGAUUCCUGGGCAGCUCCUCCGUAUUCUGCAAAGACUGCCGGAAGAAAGUCUGCACCAAAUGCGGGAUCGAGGCUUCUCCUGGCCAGAAGCGGCCCCUGUGGCUGUGUAAGAUCUGCAGUGAGCAAAGAGAGGUCUGGAAGAGGUCGGGGGCCUGGUUCUACAAGGGGCUCCCCAAGUACAUCUUGCCCCUGAAGACCCCUGGCCGGGCUGAUGAUUCCCACUUCCGACCUCUGCCUGUGGAGCCCACAGAACCACAGCCUCAGAGUGCUGAGGCCAGCCGUGUCUACACAUGGGCCCGGGGGAGAGUGGUUUCUAGUGACAGUGACUCGGAUCUCAGCUCCUCCAGCCAGGAGGACAGACCCACACCCACUGGGGUCAAGGGCACCCAAGAUGACAAGCCUAGAGGGGACUCAGGUGGCAACGCGGAGUCACCCAGGAUGGGGCCUGCCCGCCCACCCAGCCAUCAUUCGGGCAGCCAGAGCAGCCUGGCCAGUGAGACUGGGGCAGGUGCUACAGACCCCCAGGGAGGCACCCCACCCAGGCCUGAGCCCAGGGUACCCGGUGAGUGCCGCCUUGGCUCUGCUUGUCCAGCAGUGUCUUCGUCCCCUCUUCCCUCCCUUAGCGGCCGGUGACAUUUUAAAUUCAUGUUGACUGAGCUCCGUGCCAGGCAGUGGGGAACAAAGGUCAGCCAGACCCAUCUCUGCCAGCCUUGGUCAGAGGGACUCAGGGUGGUGCCACCUUCUACUCCUAUGUCCCUU